AUGGGUGAUAAUGGCCUACUUUCAGACGCGAUCAGAUUGUUAGUGGAUAGAUUCCCAUCUCUCCCACCUUCUGAUUCUUGGAAGUACCUGGAUCCGCAAUUAGCAGCCACAAUUCAUCUGCGUUAUUUGGAUGCAUAUACCCAGAAUCAGCAAUUACUACUUCACCUAUGUGACAAACAACGGGAAAAGGCGGGGACAUUUACGAAUUCAACAACGGCCCAGAUGAAUGGGUCCAUAGGACUUGACAGUCAAAACAAUCUGAUCUCACAUAGAAAUUACUCUGAUACUUGUAAUGUUGGUGACAUAGUCCCCUAUAACAACCACCAGGAAAUAGUACCCUAUAGCCAAAUUAACAACCAAUACUCCGACAACAUCGACCACAAUGACAGCGUAUCGACUAUAGUGCCAUUUUCUCUACAAAACAACUUCAACCAGCCCACUUUGUCCAUCCCAAUGAAUAAUGACAUCCCGAUUAACACUAUACAUUCGGCCUCGCCUAAUGGUGGGAAAUCUCCCAAAAGCGGUAUCCAAGGUAUUACAUUCAACAGGUACAAAAACUCUUGGUGCGUAUCAUCGGUAGACGCGGAUGGGUUGAGACGACGAAAAUUUUUUAAUAUCAGAAAGUAUGGGUUUGACGGGGCUAGGUCUCUAGCGCUAGAUUAUUUAUUGGAAUAUCAGCGAAGAAAUUUCUCAAGCCAAUCUUCUUUACAGGCGGAAGUUGUAUUUGAUAGGAAAGAGAGGAACUUGGUCCAAGAUAUUCUAUCUAAGCAUGACUCAUAUGUUUAUAAUUCCGAUUCAUAUGAGACUGGGAAAGUAAAUAUAGCGGAAAUUUACAAUUAUUCUGAGAAGUUUAGACAAAAAUUUUCGGAUAUAUGUGGCCUCAUAUUUAUUCCAGGUAUACUAAUAUUAACUACUGUUACAUAUGAUAAUGCUGGAAAACGGAUCAUCAAUAAAUUUCCCAUCCAAAACUCUUCAUUUGAAGAUGCAAGUCAAUUGGCCAUUGCUAAUCUUCAAAAUGCCUAUAAAAGAUCGAAAAUUUGUGGAAUUUUACCUUUUCAUGCUGACAAAUGCUUUAUUUAUGCCACGUGCUAUGACUUGAAUAUUGAUAUCACCAAAUCGUUUUCUCUGAAAGAGGGUUUUGUGGCUGCACAUAAAAAAGCUAUUGCAUUUAGAAAGGGGGUUGUGAAGAAUAUGAAGAAGACAUCAGAUGAAACAAAUGUUUCUGGUAUUAUUAAAUUUCCAGGCGUCUAUUACGAUUCAUAUUCCAAGUGUUGGGUCAGCAGCUGCAGUUACUCUGGGAUAAGAAAGGAGGUUAAAUUUUAUACUAAGAAACACGGUGAAAUUUGUGCUAGGGAGCUGGCUAUAAGACAUAGAAUGAAGUGGAUGAAGAAUAAACUAUAG